AUGUCCAAACAUGAAGAUCGAGCUGAACAGGUGACGAACAAAAAGCCUGAGCUGCAGGAUGUGAUAGACAAGAUCGGGAUGGGCCCGGCGCAAAUCUUUUGGGGUCUCCUGGGAGGUGGAGUUUGGUUGGCGGAUGGCGCGGAGCUGCUUCUGGUCAGUUCCGUGACAAGGUCUCUGCAGAGCGAGUGGCAUCUGACACCGUACAUGAAAGGCACGAUCGUUUCGGCAGUGUACCUGGGUAUCCUGAUAGGGAAUUAUUCGAGCGGGCCGUGCAGCCAACGCUUUGGCCGACGAGAGAUGAUCGUCGCAUCGUAUUCUGGAAUCUUUCUUUGUGGUAUUAUGAGCUGCGCAAGUGCCUCUGCCUAUGAAUUUCUGGCCAUGAGAUUCUUCGGCGGUAUCUUCAUCGGUGUAGGACAACCAGCGUGGCUUGCCAUUAGCUCCGAAGUCACGCCUGUUUACUGGAAAGUCGUGAUGGCUGCCGCAUCUCAAUCCCUCUUCGUUUUCGGAGAAAUGUAUGUAUCCUUUGUGAUCAUGAUGGAUGAUAUGACUAUGCAGGUGUUGCACUGGCGAUUGCUCUUGCGCUUUGGAGCUUUGCCAUCCCUCUGUCUCGCCGCCAUCAGCAUGCUGUAUCUCAACGAAUCACCAAUUUUCUUGGCGCUCAAGGGCCGCAUCAAGGAAGCUCGGACAGUUAUCGAGACCAUGGCAAGGCAGAAUCAAGCCAUGCCGACGAGUCUGAGCUUUCGCCAACCGCACGUGCCUCCAGCGGACGCCUCCAUCCUGAGCCAGAUGCACAGACAAAUGUCUGUCGUGUUUCAGAACACAUUCUUGGUGCCAACUAUCGUCUUGAUGUCCAUCUGCUUCACACUGAAUCUGACCUACUUUGGCUGCCUGUUCGCUUUUCCGCAGGUGCUCCCGACUCUGAUGCAUGGCCAAGCUGCAUCAGAAUUACUUGUGGGAGCGCUCUGGGAGUUGCCUGGUCUGGCACUAGGCCUGUUGCUGGGCAUCUCGGCAACCAGGCGGACUGCCCUCAAGUUCUAUCUGACAUCAUUGUCAUGCUUCCUGCUAUGCUUCAUUGUUGGCGUUCACUACGGGCAGUCCAAACUUCCAAAGGCAAUGUUGCUCAUAGGCUAUUACGGUGUCAAGUCCGUACCGAACAUCGGCUUCAUAGUUGCCUACCAAAUGUCCGCGGAGCUCUACCCCACUGAGGCACGCACCAUGGGCUCGGCGCUUUGUUUGGCAUGUGGAAGGCUUGCAGCCAUGCUUGCUCCAAUGGUUUACGAGUGCAUCGUGACCUGGACUGGUGGAUUCUUGCCGUUCUUUCUGGUCAUGGCAACGAUGUGCGUGAGCAACUUGUACAUGGUCGACCUGUUGCCAGAGACCUCCACUUUGAGGCACGAUGACGAGAUCUCAAAGGACUCCGAUGAGAAGCCGGUACACGUCGUGUAG